AUGCCCCGAUUACUCUCACAAGCUACAAGCAUACGAAAACCCUUCUCCUCACUGACAUUUUUCAAACCACACCACUCUCCCGCAGCCCGCACCAUCGCCACCAGAAAGCCUGCCCCGAUAGCCAUUGUUGGCGGUGGUCCAUGCGGACUAACAUUCGCACGUCUCCUCGAGACAGCUGGUAUUGACUACAUUGUAUUUGAACGCGAUGCCUCGCCAGAAAACGCACUGCAAUCUCAGGGUGGCACACUCGAUCUCCACGGGGACACAGGCCAAGAAGCACUGCGGCGAGCAGGCCUAAUUGAUGAGUUCGAGAAGCUGGCCCGUCGAGAUGCAACGACUCUGAUAGUGCAAGAUUUCCGUGGCAAUUUCCGCAAGAGGUUUGGUGAGGGUCGCGAUGCCCCUGAAAUUGACCGCUUGCAGCUGCGACAGUUGCUGCUGAAAUCGUUACCCGCACAUCGCAUCCGCUGGGCCAGUGCACUCCGGGGGGUGGAACGGACCAGUAAAAUCGGUCAUGGGCAUGGUGCGGACUGCACACUGCAAUUUGCUGACGGUUCAACGGAGAGUGGCUUCAGACUAGUUGUCGGCGCUGACGGUGCAUGGAGUAAGGUCCGCCCACUGAUAACCCCCGCACAACCACAAUACUCUGGAAGAAUGUUCAUUGAAGGCCGCAUAUCACCAGGCAACCCACAUUACGCAGCAGCAGAUGAUAUGGUAGGCGCUGGCAACUCUCUCGCCAUGACCCGAGGCUGCACUCUGUGCAUACAGCAGAUGUCCGACCGCUCCUACCGCGUGUAUAUGGGUCUUGAAGUCCCGUCUACUUUCACUAAAGCCGGAGGCGAAGCCGACAUAACCAACGCUCAGAAAGCGCGCGCCGCAGUACUGAAGUAUUACGCUGAGUGGGCGCCGCACCUCCGCGCCUUCGCCGAAGCAGCAGAGGGUCCCUGGCGUCCGUGGCCACUGCACCGACUUGACCCGGAUAUUUUUCUCGAUGGAAGCCCGAGGUGGACGCGAGUCCCUGGAGUCACUCUGCUCGGAGAUGCGGCGCACCUGGCGACGCCAAAUGGCGACGGGGUAAACAUUGCCAUGUAUGAUGCGUUGGUAUUGUUCGAUGCCCUCAUGGCUGAGACGAAGAAGCGCAGUGACUGCCAACAAGCAGAUGAAGACGCAGCAGCAGUAGAACGCGCUAUUAGUACCUAUGAAGCAGACAUGCGUGCCCGCGGACGAGCGCAUAUUGUGGACUCACUAGAGGUCGAGGAUAUGAUGUUUGCGGAGGAUGGAGCAGCGCGUAUGCAUGCGAUGAUUAACCAGGUGGAGGCCCACACAUAG